CCAAAUCCCAACGUAGCAAUCUAGUCUAGCACAGAGCCCGCAGCAACCCAUCGUCAAUCGUCAGGCGCUGCCUCGCUGGUCGGCCGUCGAACGGACGCCGCCACGUGCCCACGCCGGAGCUGCUGAACUAGGAAUCUGGGAAUCUGGCUUUCUGCAACCCUUCUGGCUUUGUAAUUCUGCUAGCUCUUCGGUGGUAAACUGGGAAUCUGCAGCUUCGGAACUACCUAACGGGUCAGCACUACCGACGAGGCAGCAACCAGUCCUCUUCCGCGGUUAGUCCACCAGUUACCAGUCUUCGCAGCACCCCUGUGACCCACCACCAGCUACCGCGCGCAGCUCCGCCGCCCAGCUUGACUGUCGACUGCAUCCUUUGGCCGCACCUGAACGCUGGAGAAAACUACCAUUGCCGUCUUUCGUACUAACUACUCAGCUAGGUUAAUUAGAAGGUGAAGAUUUUUAAAUUUCAGUGAAACUUUCAAGAAUUGAAUUUAGUGCUAUAAAGUCAUGUUGGCUGAAGUUGAACUCUGUGAGCACCAUCCUACUUGGAAGAGGAUCUGGAUUUAGUUAAAUAUUAAUGAAGUCCGCAACAAAAGAGAUCUUCUCGAUCCUAAAAUCCCAACAAAAGGCCCAUGCCCACCUUCUUUAUCACUACAGAACAAUUGUAAAAGUUCGUCUGAAAUGGGUGAAAAACCGAGGCUUAGAUCACAUCAUAGACGUCCAAACAGAUCUUAAAGCUGCUUGCCUUCUCAAGGAUGCUAUUGUACGCUCACCUACCGGAUACCUCAACUCCAACUCCCUCGUUGACUCCCACAAACUCCUUGGUCUCACUGUUCCCACCCUCCGGUUCAUCCGCCGGUUCCCCACUCUGUUUGAGGAGUUCCCACAUCCCAAGUAUCCAUCUUUGCCUUGCUUUAAGCUUACCCACAUUGCAAAAGUUCUUCAUGAUCAAGAAAUGAAGGUGUAUGAUGAUGUUCAAAGUGAUUUGAUGGAGAGGCUCUCCAGGGUCCUCAUGAUGACCAGGAAUAGAAUGGUACCUGUGUUAUCUCUGCAUCGACUAAAAUGGGAUUUAGGUCUGCCUGAUGAUUUCGAUCGGAACUUCAUAAAAAAAUUUCCAGAUGAUUUCACCGUCGUAAGGGGCACAAAUGGUUUACCAUGUCUAAAACUUCUCAACUGGAAAGAAGACUUUGCAUUCUCUGAGUUCCAGAAGAUGAAUGAAAAGGUCGAGUCAGCUGACAAUAACUCUGAAAGUUCCUUGUACAGGAAUUUUCGAAGAGGGAAAUCGACAUUGGAAUUCCCCAUGAGUUUCCCCAGGGGUUAUGGUGCACAGAAGAAGGUGAAAGCCUGGAUGGAGGAUUUUCAGAAUCUUCCCUACAUUUCUCCCUAUGAAGAUUCAAGGGGAAUAGAUCCUGACAGUGAUCUAAUGGAAAAACGGGUUGUUGGCGUGCUUCAUGAAAUCUUGAGCUUGACCCUUUACAAGAAAACAAAGAGAAAUUACCUAAGGAGCCUCAGGGAAGAAAUGAACCUCCCCCACAGAUUCACCAGAAUAUUUACUAGGUACCCUGGGAUUUUUUACCUUUCAAUGAAGUGUAAAACGACGACUGUGGCACUUAGAGAGGGUUACCGUCGUGGUAGACUGGCAGAUCCGCAUCCACUUACUCGCCAUAGGGACAAAUUUCAUCAUGUGAUGAGGACCGGGUUAGUUUAUCGAAGCAAAGGACUGGACAUUUUGCCUCAACUUGACACUAUUGGUGACAAUGGAGAAAAAGACACCGAUAAUGAUGAAGAAAUUGAAAACAGUAAUGAAUGCUAUGAAUAUGGAAGUUCAGAUUCUAAUGAAGACUGACGUUCGUUGCUUAACAAUUAACAUGUAGCUUCUUUACCGAUUAUAAAAGGUGGUGGUUAUGAAUUAAACAAUUUUUGAAAUAGCAGAUAUUAAUGUUUUUACAAUGAUGGUAGUUGCAUAUAGUUUUACUUUUUCAUUCAUGGUCUCAAUUUCAUAGUGGGGGUAAAAUAAAAAUGUAUGUCCAUGUCACCCCCAAAGUGUCAUUCUAGUAGUAGUAACUAGUAGACUUGGUUGAUAUUCAUUUAUAUUUUUCGUAUAUUUCUUG